UCUCUCUCUCUCUCUCUCUCUCUCUCUCUCUUUCUCGAUACAGACAUGGCUUCGACUGGUAAGAUCGAAAAGGCGGAGGAGGAAUGGAGAGCUGUCCUCUCUCCCGAGCAGUUUCGGAUCCUGCGCGAAAAGGGCACCGAAUUGCGAGGCACAGGGGAGUACAACAAGUUCUUUGCUGAAGGUGUUUAUAACUGUGCUGGAUGUGGGACACCGCUUUACAAGUCCACCACCAAGUUUGAUUCCGGCUGCGGCUGGCCAGCUUUCUAUGAGGGUCUCCCGGGUGCAAUAAAUCGCACUCCUGACCCAGAUGGAAGAAGAACUGAGAUUACAUGUGCGGCUUGUGGCGGGCACUUGGGCCAUGUUUUCAAGGGCGAGGGAUUUUCGACACCGACUGAUGAACGUCAUUGUGUCAACAGCAUUUCGGUCAAAUUUGCGUCUGAGAAAUCCUCAUGAAACUCGACAGAAGGCUAUGCUGGGAUAGUAGUCAGUAAUGUACGGCAAAAAGAUAAGACUCCUUGUUGGUGACGACCGGACUUUGGAACGUUAUUGCCAAGCCCAACCUUGUCUAAUAGUAUGUGGUUGUACUGAAGAAUGAGAUUAUGAUUCUGCAUGGAAUGUAUUCUCUGCUUAGUUGUACGGAUGAGAACAGUAACUGGAGAAUAAACUGAAGAUUUGACUUUGGCUUUGCAGUGAAA